CUGCAUAACAGAGCCAUACAAAGCAGUGUGCUUACAGUGAAACACAGACACAGCCUCACAGUAAAACAGCACACAGUUAACCCUUUGAUUGCCCCAGAUGUUAACCCCUUCCUGCCCAGUGCCAUUAUGUUUUUUUUUUUUUUUGCACUGAUCACUGUAUUGGUGUCACUGGGGAUGUCAGUGACCCCAAGUCAGUACCCCUCAAUGUCAGAAUGUCCGACGCAGUCCCGCCAUAAGUCGCUGAUCGCCGCCAUAAGU